AUGACAGAAAUUAAGCUCGCUGACUACCUCUUCACCCGGCUUCGCCAGCUGGGUGUUGACUCCAUGUUUGGCGUCCCCGGCGAUUACAACCUUCGCUUGUUGGAUUUCGUCACCCCUGCCGGCCUCCAUUGGGUAGGCAACUGCAACGAGCUCAAUGCAGCAUAUGCAGCAGAUGGCUAUGGCCGUAUUAAGGGCUUGGCUGCGCUGAUCACUACUUAUGGAGUUGGCGAGUUGUCGGCCCUGAACGGCAUUGCUGGCGCCUAUGCCGAAAAUACACCCGUUGUGCAUAUCGUCGGAACGCCUCCGCGCCCGCACCAGGAUGCUCGGACAUUCAUGCACCACACCUUUUCAGAUGGUGACUACCGGCGUUUUGCCAACAUGUCGAAACACAUCACUGCUGCCCAGACGAGACUAACGGACGCUGCCACCGCACCGGAGAGAAUCGACUACAUUCUACAACAGGCGUUGAUCCAUAGCCGUCCAGUCUAUCUCGAACUCCCGGAUGAUAUGCCAGACUUGAAAGUGUCGGCUGCUAAUCUGGAGACAAAAAUCCGAAUUCCUGAGCCCCCCAGCUCAGCCCUGGAACCUCAAGUGCUCGCAAAAAUCCUUGAGCGCAUCUACAGUGCCCAGCGGCCUUUCAUCUUGGUUGACGGAGAGAGCACAGCCCUCGGAAUCGUCGAGCAGCUUGACGCUCUGAUUAAAGCAACUGGUUGGCCAACAUGGACAACCGUUUAUGGAAAGGGUCUCGUCAACGAGCAACUCCCCAACGCCCACGGACUUUAUGCCGGAGCCUUUGGCGACAAGCCGGCACAGACUUAUUUCAACGAGGCAGACCUCGUCCUCACAUUUGGGCCGCAUAACAGCGACACGAACAGCUACUUCUACACAACAAUUGCCAAGCCUGCAGUUGCAAUCACUUUCUCGGGCACAACUGUCAAGAUCGACAAUGAUACAUUCCACGAUAUGUCCGCACGUAACCUGCUCUCAAAUGUGCUUCAGAGCCUCGACUCCACACGCCUCGUGAAGGCAUCUGCACCGCCUAAAUCAGAGCUUUCCGUGGCAAACAUCCAAGCCACUGACCCGCUCGCUCAAGCCAACUUCUACCCUCUCGUGAACCCCCUCUUCAAUGACGGCGACAUCAUUCUAACAGAGACCGGCACUGCCUCUCACGGAGGUCGCAACUUCAAAUUGCCCACUGGCUCACGACUCUUCGGUGCAGUAACCUGGCUUUCCAUCGGUUUCAUGCUCCCCGCGACAUUGGGCACAGCCCUAGCGCAACGCGAGCUGAACAAGAACACAUCCUCAAAGAGCCAGACAAUACUCUUCAUCGGCGACGGCAGUCUUCAAAUGACAGCACAAGAAAUAAGUGUGAUGAUUCGGGAGAAACUCAACAUUAUCAUCUUCAUCAUCAACAAUGAUGGAUACACGAUUGAGCGGGUGAUUCACGGCCGGAAAGAAAAGUAUAACGAUGUUCCCUUCUGGCGACACGCACAGGCUCUCAGUUAUUUCGGAGCCGACGAAGAGCAUGUGGCCGAGAACACCUUCACUGCGCGGACGUGUGGAGAGUUGCAAGACGUGCUCAAGCAUGAGAACAUCACAAAUGGAAGUGGCGUCAGACUGGUAGAGGUGUUCAUGGAUCGGGAGGAUGUACAGGGCGCAUUACUGUAUCUGUUGAACAAGCAGCUUGCACAGGAAGCUGAACAGAAGUGA